AUGAUCAUAUCAAUAAAUAAUAAUAACUGAAUAAGAACUAUAGCGUAUCUAGAUGGAACCAUAGUGUAAGAACCAUAGAUAUUUGCGUAGUUACAUCUAAAGGUGUCCUUAAUUUUUCUACAAAAUGUGGACAUACUAAAUUGUUACUGGAUUUUUAUAUCCUUUUUGCCGUUUCUUUGUUACUCUAAACUAAUGGAAGGUGUUGAUGCAAUUUAUUACGAAGAAGAUGAAAAUGCAAGCGAUGAGCAUGCAAGUGUUACCCUUAUACCAGAUCCUGUUGUUAUUCGUGGAGCUGGGAACUUGACUGUAUUUGGACUAAGCAAUAGGUUUAGCACCGAGUUUCCAAGUGGUUUAGUAUCCCGUGUUGCUCCUGAAGAAUUUAAGGAAACUGUUGUUAGAAUUAACAAUGUUCUUAAAAAAACCCUUCCUGUUAAUGUUAAAUGGCUAUUUUGUGGAUGCUUAUGUUGUUGCUGUACCUUAGGAUGUUCCUUGUGGCCUGUAAUUUGUCUCAGUAAAAGGACUCAGCAUUCAUUAAAUAAAUUAUUAGAAUGGGAAAAUAGUUAUUUAUACCACAAAUUAGGGUUACAUUGGAGGCUUUCUAAACAACGUUGUGAUUCAUCUUCAAUGAUGGAAUACGUAAUAUUAAUUGAAUUUUUGCCUAAACUGCCAAUUUAUAGACCAGACUAAGAGUAAAGGUUUCUUUGUUAUUAAUUUAUUACUGUAAUAAGUAGUUUUAUUAAGACAGUAAGAUUUUUUACUUAUGUGAUCAUUGACUAGACUAUUUGUUAAAAGGAUAAAAAUUUAUUUCUUUUCAGUUAACAGUGAAUUAAUAAUUUUUAAUUAGGUAGGUAAUAUAACUCUUGUCAAUUUUAUGUAUAAAUUGUAAGUAUAUUUAGAGAAAAUCAGACACAUUAAAUAUAAUGAUGUGUAGCUGGUUUGUUUAAGUAUUUGGUUUUCAAUUUUAUAACAUUUAUUACCUGUGACUUUUAUAAAGUAAAAAAUCGUAAAUAAACGGUAAAACUGUA